AACAACUCCACCCACGCGCAGUACGUCCCAUGGGGCGCUUCCAAUGCGAUAGCCCGCGCUGUGCGGAGUGCGGACGCAGCGAAGAUGCAGAUCUCACUUGCUCCAAGUGCAAAUCCGUGGUGUACUGCAGCCGAAGCUGCCAACGAGCGCAUUGGAAGAAACACAAGAAGGAUUGCACUGAAUUAGCCACCCAGUCGGACAGCAUUCUGAUAGAGGCAACACUGACGGUGGAACCUCAGUUCCUCGAAUGGCUCGAUCUCUGGCUGCGGGCCCGCCCUGCGUUGCUGGAUGGUGAUGCGGGAGUUGUAGAAGUGGUGAGUUCCACCGCGCCUGUACGUCGGAAGUCCUUGGAAUGCGCUGGCCGAGCGUUUCUGGAGGGCUAUGAGCGCUGCAUGGAGAGCUUUCGACCUGCUGACGCUCCGGAGGGCCCAGUGACCCUCAAGGAGGAGGUGCGGAGUGGCAGCCGCGUUAGCGUGCACAAUAGGUCAUGCCCACGGAGGACGAAGCCAUAUUUGCAGCGCUGUCAGGAACGUGCAGAAAGACGUUCCAAGUUGCAACCAGGAAAGGAGUUGAGCAGAAGAUUGCGAGGUGUCGAACUCUACACGCUCUUGGAGAUCAACGUGGACCUGGUGGAUGGCUUUCCCAGCAUGGACCAGGUGAAGGAUGCUUAUAGGAAACUGGUUCUCAUUCACCAUCCAGACAAGAAGGAAAGUAAAAGCCUCGCCUUUCAACUCAUCCAAGAGGCAUAUGAAUACCUCUCAGACCCUGAG